GGCUAUCAACAGUCUAUAAAACCACCAGAUAAUGAAACCCUAAUUCUGAGACCCUCUUUCAUUUCCCCUUCCGCCUGCCUCUCUUUGUUAGCCCCGACACACUCACACACUCACAGCAAAAAUGCCGUUCAAGAGGUACGUUGAGAUCGGGAGAGUGGCUCUCGUUAACUACGGUAAAGACUAUGGCAAGCUCGUUGUCAUCGUCGACGUCGUUGACCAGAACAGAGCUCUAGUUGAUGCACCAGAUAUGGUCAGGGGCCAAAUGAACUUCAAGAGGCUUACAUUGACUGAUAUCACAAUUGACAUUCCUCGCGUUCCAAAGAAGAAGACAUUAAUUGAAGCAAUGGAGAAAGCUGAUGUUAAAAACAAGUGGGAGAAUAGCUCAUGGGGUAGAAAACUGAUUGUCCAGAAGAGGAGGGCAUCUCUGAAUGACUUUGAUCGGUUCAAGCUUAUGUUGGCUAAGAUCAAGAGGGCUGGAGUCAUCAGGCAAGAGUUUGCUAAGCUGAAAAAGGAGAAUUAAUCUUGAAGUGAUACUGAAUUAUGGAUUUUUGCUAGUUUUGUCAUCAAUAUUUUGCAAGUUGUUCUUUUGGAAUGGUAUUUUGUCUGUUUAUCUAUUAUGUCAGUAUUACUAUCAGUUGAGGCACUUUCUUUGCUAUAUGACAGGUUUUUGUAGUGAGUUUAUUGCGAGAUAUUGCUUGUGAAAUGUGGUUGCUUGUUUCA